GCUCUUCCUUCCUCCCGCCCGUGUUGUUCCCUCCAAAACCAACCGACGACCAACCGCAGAAGGAAUUUCCCCUGCUUCUUGAAAUCGAUUGGUUGCAGCAGGACGGGAGACGCUCUCCUCUGCCGUCGUCGUCUAUAUAGCCUCCCUCGCCUUCCUCCUCUCCCAUCCUUUCUCAUACGUAGCUUCCUUCCAUCCGCGCUCUCCGUCUCCGCGGUUCGACCGAGGCGAGAUGGAGGACAAGCGGAAGGCCGUCGCCAACAAUGAAGAGCGAAGGCAGCGCCAGCGGCGUGAACGUGAGGUAGAAGACACUGCGACUUCAGGGCGGACGCCGAUUGCAGGCGGCGACGGGACUUUGCCGGAGCUUCCACGGGUGACGGCGGCGACUACGCCCGCUCUAGGCCCCCCACCCGGCGCCUCUUCCCAGUUCGGUGGAGCUCCUGGUCGCGGGGGCGGGUCGGGGCUCUCUCCCUCGCAAUGGAGGUUACCGACGCCGGUGGGCAAUUUAGCUCUCGGUCGCGGGGGCGGGUCAGUGCACGGGGUGGGCAAUCCAGCAGACAACGGGCGUCUGCAGAUCGGCAACGCCGGUGCGCCUCAGGGUCACGGCAGUACUGUCAUUGAUCAGCAGCGCCUCCGCGACCAGCCUUCUUCUUCACGGGCAAGAGCAGCAGGAUGCACUUGUUGCGGCGGAGCGCCCACCACGCGGGUUGUUCUCAACCUGCCCGUGUGCGAGGCUUGCUACAGGCGGGUUUUUCAGGGCUUGCUACAGGGCAACGCGCCUCAGCAGCACGCGCAGAUCGGCUACGCCGGUACGCCUCGGGGAGCAGUGCGCAAUCCAGUGGCAGUCCCUACCCGUGAGCAGCAGUUCUUGGCUAACAUGGAUGCGCCGCCGAGGCCUUUUUCCAUGUUGCCCUUCCGGUGGGGCCCGGCGAACCCCGCGCUGGAGCGGCAGUCUUCUUCACCAGGAUGCUACAGCAAUAUCUUCACCGGCAAAGGGCCCUUGUUCAGCAACGCCGGUGCACGUGCACCACAGGCUCAGGGUCACGCCGGUACUGCCAUUGAUCAGCAGCGCCAGCUCGAGCUCCUCCGCGGCCAGCCUUCUUCUUCACAGGCAAGGGCACCAGGAUGCUCUUCUUGCGGAGCGCGCGCCACGCGGGUUGCUCUCAAGAUGCCCUUUUGCGACGCUUGCUUCAGGGAUACAUUCAUGGCCAACGCGCCUCCUCAGCACGCGCAGAUCGGCUCCAAGCUUCCGAGUCCAGUCCCCAGCUACAACUACGCGCAGACCGGCAACGCGCCUCCGCAGCACGGCAAUGUGUCUUCGAGUCCAGUUCCCACUCCCAGCAACGCCGGCGUGCCUCAGGGUCAGCAGCAGUACCGGGAUCCGGUGGUGGAGCUGCUGGCGGCGACCGAGCCUUCUCCUCCGGCGGGUUCUCAGCGUGCCGCCUAUUCGAGGUGCGAGGCUUGCCGCCUCUCCGGCGAUAAGGCGUGCAUGUUUUGCCACAACCCCGGCCCACCGCCGCCACCGCCAGGGCAGAGCUAG